CCUAAUCUACCUGUCGGUGCUUCCCACCUCGGCCCCCGCACACCUAGCGCGGUCGCAGGCGGAAAGGCGGGGCCUGCAUGAGCCCCACCCCUGGAGACUGCGGCUGGGGCCUCCCUCUCCUCGACCGCCCGUCGCUAGCUCAUUGCGCCUCUCCUGCAGUCUGGUUGGAACCCGCUCCCUCUCCGGCUCCAGCUUCCACUCCGGCCCCCAUUUCGGCUCCAACCUCGCACCCAGUUCCGGCCCUCAAUCUUCCUGGUUGCAUCCUCCCUCCCCGUUCCUGCCCUGCGCCAGCUCCAGCCUCGGGAUUGAGUAGCCGGUCCCUCAAGCCAUGGCUGGUCCCUUCUCUCGUCUGCUGUCCGCCCGCCCGGGGCUCAGGCUCCUGGCUUUGGCUGGAGCUGGGUCUCUAGCCGCUGGGUUUCUGCUCCGCCCGGAACCUGUAAGAGCUGCCAGUGAACGACGAAGGCUGUAUCCCCCGAGCGCUGAGUACCCAGACCUCCGAAAGCACAACAACUGCAUGGCCAGUCACCUGACCCCAGCAGUCUAUGCCCGGCUCUGCGACAAGACCACACCCACUGGUUGGACGCUAGAUCAGUGUAUCCAGACUGGCGUGGACAACCCCGGCCACCCCUUCAUCAAGACUGUGGGCAUGGUAGCUGGAGAUGAGGAGACCUAUGAGGUAUUUGCUGAGCUGUUUGAUCCUGUGAUACAAGAGCGACACAAUGGAUAUGACCCCCAAACAAUGAAACAUACCACUGACCUGGAUGCCAGCAAGAUCCGUUCUGGCUACUUUGAUGAGAGGUAUGUAUUGUCCUCGAGAGUCAGAACUGGCCGAAGUAUCCGCGGACUCAGUCUUCCUCCAGCCUGCACUCGGGCAGAGCGACGAGAAGUGGAACGUGUUGUAGUGGAUGCACUGAGUGGACUGAAGGGUGACCUGGCUGGACGUUACUAUCGGCUCAGUGAGAUGACAGAGGCUGAGCAGCAACAGCUUAUUGAUGAUCACUUUCUAUUUGAUAAGCCUGUGUCCCCAUUGCUGACUGCAGCAGGAAUGGCUCGAGACUGGCCAGAUGCUCGUGGGAUCUGGCACAACAAUGAGAAGAACUUCUUGAUCUGGGUGAAUGAGGAGGAUCAUACACGGGUCAUCUCCAUGGAGAAGGGUGGCAACAUGAAGAGAGUGUUUGAAAGAUUCUGUCGAGGCCUCAAAGAGGUGGAGCGGCUGAUCCAGGAACGUGGCUGGGAGUUCAUGUGGAAUGAGCGUUUGGGAUACAUCUUGACCUGUCCGUCUAACCUGGGCACUGGACUUCGGGCAGGAGUGCACGUCAAACUGCCCCUGCUAAGCAAAGAUAGCCGCUUCCCAAAGAUCCUGGAGAACUUAAGGCUCCAAAAGCGUGGUACUGGAGGAGUGGACACAGCUGCCACAGGCAGUGUUUUUGACAUCUCUAAUUUGGACCGACUGGGCAAGUCAGAGGUGGAGCUGGUGCAGCUGGUCAUCGAUGGAGUAAACUAUUUGAUUGAUUGUGAACGGCGUCUGGAGAGAGGCCAGGAUAUCCGCAUCCCUCCACCUCUUGUCCACAGUAAACAUUAAAUCCCCCUCCCCAGAAGAUGACUCAAGAUCCCCAGGAGUUCUGCUCAUUCUAAUGUGGCCCAUUCUACUUGCCUUGGAUGCCCCCAACUCCUUCUGUCCUAGUAAAGACUCCUUGCUAUGCUCUA